ACUCGCACCACGCCAUCCAGACAGCAGGAGCUGCCAUCACCUCCCAAAACUCACUUCAUCUCGCGCGCGCACACCGCCACUCGAUUUCCUCCCAUCACGAAGGAGGGCGAAAGCGAGACCUGUCCUACCCGACAUAAUUCCCGACGUGCCAAAGAAGGAAAACCCAAACAUCGGCCCACCGAAGUCCAGCAAAUCGUCUUUAGUUCCGUUUUUCCAUGCCGAAUGCGUGUUAAAGAGCGCGCUCACGUCAGGCUGCUUUAUUGCCAUAGCAGCAGCUCGAGCUGCCUGUAGCUGGCACAGGAGCUUCAAGCUAGCGACGAAACAAAGACAACACUGACAAAUAUAAACGUCUGCCGAGCAAACCGCUUCGCUGUUCUUUAAGGAGGAGAAAGCAAGACCCCGAAGACAAAAACUGACAUGAUGUUUCCACAAUCCAGGCACUCGGCUUCAUCGCAGCAGCUGAAGUUUACGACGUCAGACUCGUGCGAUCGCAUCAAGGAUGAGUUCCAGUUUCUUCAAGCACAAUACCACAGUCUGAAGCUCGAAUGUGACAAGCUGGCCAGCGAGAAGUCAGAAAUGCAACGUCAUUACAUCAUGUACUAUGAGAUGUCCUAUGGGCUGAAUAUUGAAAUGCACAAGCAGGCGGAGAUUGUGAAGAGAUUAAAUGGGAUCUGCGCUCAGGUCUUGCCUUACCUGUCUCAAGAGCACCAGCAGCAGGUUCUGGGGGCCAUAGAGAGAGCCAAACAGGUCACCCCACCAGAGAUGAACUCCAUCAUACGGCAGCUCCAGGCUCACCAGCUGUCCCAGCUUCAGGGUCUGGCGCUGCCCAUGACCCCUCUCCCCCUCGGCCUCAGCCAACAGGCCGGCCUCCCCGCCGUCACCUCCAGCUCCGGCCUCUUCUCGCUCUCCAGCAUCCUUGCCUCUCAAGCCCAGCUGGCCAAAGAGGACAAGAGCGCACGCGAGACCAACGACAGCCACCGCGAGGAAGACGGCGACAAGUCUGACUAGUCGCCAGCAACAUCUAGUCUUUCAUCCUAUCAUCACCCAAAGCUCCACGUAGAGCAGAGGCACUUGUUCAUCAUUUUCCAUAUUUUUCUUACAAUCCCUUCAUCUUUCAUCUUGACACCUGACAUCUCUUCUGGUUUGUUCCACCAGCUUUAAGUAUGUAUUUAUACGAUCCAUCUUUUUAUUGUGUUACGGAUGCUCGAUUUGAUUUGAUUUACACUUUCUCUUGCCUGCGUGUAUGUAUAUAUCUAUAUAUAUAUUGUAUAUUUCUUAUGCUUGUAGUGAAAGUGGUCUACAAAAUGGUGUUGAAUCCGUUAAUGGACCAUCGACCCUUAGGUAAUAAUGGUGUUAAACUCACACCUUUUAGUUUUUUCCGCGCGCUCACUCGUUCCCUCUUAAAACCUUUCACCUUUUAAAGCUACAAUCCACAAUAGUCGGAUGCACUUUGGCCCCCAGGCUGUAACUCUGAGGCUAAAAGCAACUGGGAUUUCUAAAAACGUGACUGCGGCAUUUUCCAUUAGGAGUAGUGUCGGCGAUACCAUUGUAAGCGGGAUUGCGCAUUAAUCACACCUUAAACUGCAAAACGGUGGGGGCUGGAGACAAAACAUUACGAAUGCUGUUGAAAGGAAGCUCGCUAUUAUAGGUCCGUUGACGUACAGUACUGUAUAUCUACCCGUUUGCCUGAUUUCUGACGUGUUUGAAAGUGUUGGACUCUUGUGCUGUCUUAGACAGAGAGUGUUAGAUGAUGAGAUACGAGCUAACCCGCUCACGAAGUGAAAAGGGAUGCUUUUGUUUGGUCGGAUGUUUGUUUUCGUGUCGUCGAUUGUCUACAUGGUGAGAAAUGUAGUCAUGUUGUUUUGCUUAGAAGGUAAGGUGUAUUGCAAACAAAUUUGCGAUAUUUAUGUAUUGGCUAAAUGAGAAGCACCUUCUUUAAACUUUUUAAUAUUUGGUAGCACUAUAAGAAGAAUGGGAAAAACUGAGGGGUGAGAAACAAGCCUGAUUAUUACGCUUAGUAGAAAAUAGAAAUUCAUAGCACAUUUCAUUAUCUUAAGAGGCCUUAAGGUAAACAUCUUAAGGUUACAGUAAAAGCUUAAAGUUAAAUAUGUUUGAACAGUCAUGUUUACUUUUAAAUUAAUACAUCUUUUGUAAUUUGACAUCGUACCCACAGGGGGCAGUAAGCCCAUAGCAAAUCCACACUAAAACCCUCAGGGUCACUUUAGUAUGGAUUUUUUUUUAAAUGUGCCAUGUUAUUCAUUUCCAUUUUAUUAAACCACUUUCUUAUGGCCCGGCCCAAUUUUUUAUACGUUAAUUAUCAUUUUUGAUGUGUAUUUAGAUCGACAAAUUCAAGUUGACUUAAAAACAACAGUAAAUGGCUAUGAGAAGUUGUGCUUGGGGUACUUAAACCGUAUUCUAGUCGUGCAUUUUGUAUUUUCAUGCCAAAUAUAAGUCGUCAUAUUUUUUUAAACAAAAUGCACAGGUUAUAAUUAAGUUGUUCUCGUUUCGCUCUCAGAUUCCAGUUAUAAGAAUGAAAUCUGUACACAUGUGGAUGUCACAAAUCCCCUAAAACUCAUUGGGACGCAUUUGAGUAACACAAGCAAACAGAUUUUCGCAUAAAUAAAAUCUUUUUAAGAACUAUUUAUGCAAAAUGUGUAUAUAAAACUAUUCUUGUGGCGUUACAAUGUACUAAAACAAAUUUUGAAACAAUGCUGGUUCCUUCUCAUCACAUCUAGUGUUGAAUUUCAAACUUUUUACAUCAUAUUGGUUUGCAAGUUGUUUGCUUGUAGUCGCUUCAGAAUGGUUCAGAAUGUCCUCUGUAAUUCAGACUUUCAAACUAUUUCGGAGAAUUGUCUAAUAAAUUGUGCAAAAAUAUUUGGUUUCUAAAAAUUAUUUCAUCUGUAAGGAGCUUCGAAACGUAUAAGUGGCCAGAAAACGUGUUUUGGUAAAUUGCAUAGUAGUGCUUAACAAUUUUGCUUUGCAUUUUAUUUUUGAUGCUUUUCAAAAAAUGUUUUCAUAUACAGUUUAAAACUGCCCCAUGUUUUUUUGUUUGUUAUUUUUUUUUAAAGAAGUGCCAGGUUUCAUUCUCUACACAGCUUCAAGAACAUGAGUGUGGUUGCCUUGCCACAUGUGGUUAAAUUUGCUCUUUCUCUUACUAUUUUUUUCUUUUUGAAAGAAAGACAAGAAUGAUGCGAAGUAACCCCUUCAAGAUUCAGAUCUAGCCCAAUUUAAAGCGUUUUACUAUAAAAGUGGGCAAGAGGUGUAUGUAUAGGUUAUACAUAGACCUAAAGCUUUAUGUGCAAAUGGAUGCUUUGUGUCAGUCUUGAAUGACCUGUCUGUGUUUUAGAGGCCUCUUUACUUUUGAGGCGCUUGAGAACAGGUUGUCGCCUCUUCCUCCUUUCUUUCUGAACCCUUGACAACCAUAUCCUCCAAGAACUCAUUGCUUGCCUUUUUCCAUUAUUUUGUUGUAAGCAUUUUGUGCUUUUUAGUUUUUAGUUUGUUUUUCAACUUUUCAUUUCAUGUAUACUGUACAACCAGUGCAAAAUGAAUUGUGUUAAAAUAGCUUCAUUCCAUAUUAAAAACAAAGUACAUAAACAUUUACUAUACAUAAAUGGAAAUUUUUGCAGUAAGGAAAUGCUUCUGGUGCCUUACAAAUAAAAUCAAUCAAAUCAA